AUGAUUGGAGAUCGGGUGACGCUGAUUAUGUGCCAGCCCGAAAUAAUGCUCGCCUCAACUACCACCUCGGCCCCCCAUUCUUCAAGAUCGAUAUAUACGAUAUCCCCAGCUGUUGACUUGACAAAGGCGGGGAUGGGCGAAGUAGGAGCGACGUGGAUAGUUGGAGUUCAUGCAGGAAGUCGUGUCUAUAGCUCGUGUUCCCGUGUUCGACCUCCAUUCAAACCUCCUGCAAAUUCCUCCGCCCGCCUUCUUUCGCGACACACAAAUAUCCUCGACGACAUUCUCCGCUUGACCUCAGACCUCUUCGAAGGCGAUCGCACGAUCCGCCGCAUCCAACCUUCGUCCAACACAUCCGCAGCCCUCCCUCGUUGCUUGUCUCAGUCACCUAAUAUUCGGUGCCAUCAGCGGUUCUGUCAUAAACUUUAG